UUUCCCUUGUCAACUAAUAAUAACGAUCAGCUCCCUCGUAUGAACCCCGACAUUCUACUACUGCAUGUAAGAAGCACAAAGCAAAUCAACGGACUAUCGAUCGAGAAUCCCGUCCCAGGAUUAAUAACCCAUCGUAGUCAACUCAGAAACCAAGCUCCCGUGUGCUAACCCUAACAAGGCAACACCGUGAAGCUUGGCCUAUAGCUUACGCGCCAUGACAUCAUCUGCCUGCACCCUGCGUCCUCUUCUCUCCAAAUCGCACAACGGAGAGGGCGGUCAAGCUCGCGGCAUAUGGAAACAAAAGAAAAAAGGAUCCUGCGGGCGGAGUCGCAAUGUCACUAUUUGCUGGAGCCGAGCGGGAGAUUGCGUGCUGAUUGAUCCAUGGGCUGAGGGAAUUGCUUGAAUGACACACCCCUUGACUGUUCGACGGACGAGGUUGGGGUAUUAAACCUGGGCACACACACGACACCAUCAUCAUCCUCAUCCUCAUCCUCAUCCUCGCUAUUCCUAACUCUAUUCUUCUUUUUCGUCGAAUCUACUUCCUGUCCCCUUCAUCAUCCUUUGGUUUCAUCCACAUUUAGUGCAGCGUGUUUUCUAUUUUGGUACAGCGAGCUUGACAUCCCUUCAUCGCGCUUUCCCGCAUCCCGCACAACUGCGAAUAUUCAUAUUCGGAUUUGUCGCCGGAAGACACGAACAGUGUGAGAAGACGGAAUUACCGUCCAUCAUCUGUAACCAUGAAUUACGCCAAUAUGAUUGAGGAGAAGAACCUCAAAAAGACUUUCAUAAUCGCAACCCUCUGUUCAACCCUUGUGGGAACCUUCACGUCGUCCAUUGGGCUCUGGGAUCGGGUACAAGAUAAGCGCCGCCAGGGCAAACGCGACCUCAAGCAGGAGGAAGCCAUCAAGAAACUCCAGGAGCGCGCUGACAAAGCCGAGAAAGAACGAGACGAGUUCCGACGAGGAGGAGGCCAAUCACCACGGAGAAGAUACGAUGAUGAUGAAGUCGGCGACAGCUUCGAGCGCUCAGGCGCUCUCAUUCAACGCCAGUUUGACGAAGGCUAUGGCCGGUUAGGAAGCCGAUUCGCAAGAGGAGAUACCCUCACAGAAAAUCAGCUACAACGCCAGAUCAUUGCGCUCCAACAAACCGUAAUCCAGGUCUUACAAGACGCACUGGCAAACGACCGCCAACUAACAAGAUCCGACAUGGCAAAGCUGGUCUCAGCCUCGGACGCAGCACGACAAGGUUCCAUCGAAGCCCUCCGCGACCAACAGCAACGUCUCGCACUCGACUACGACCACGACGCCCCUCCUCCCCCCUCUUCCCGCUACCUCGCCCUCCAAGACCGACGAUCAUCCCCAUCCCCUCCCCCACAUCAACUCGCCCGCGCCCCAAAACGCUCCUCCACCAUCAUCCUCCAAGACACAGAACCAGACUCCUCCCUCUUCUGUUCCUACAGCGCUCAACUGCAAGCAAACCCCCAUCACCCCCUCUCCACCUCCUUCAGUCCCUCCGGUCCCCGAACCUGCCCAUCUUGCCUAACUUCGCUCGACAUCGCCCCAUCCGACUUCUGGGCCAUUGGCAAAACAACCCCGAUCCCAACCAUCCGCCCCGACGAAGUCGUCAUGGAGACGCGUGAGUUUCAUCUCGGACAGCGCUUCGUUAUCAAGUGUCAUACCCGCGAUGGCGAGUUCGCGUGUGUGCUGUGUAGCCGGUUCCGCGAGCGCGAUGCUAUCUGUAGGACGGUCGAGGCCUUGGUUAAUCAUGUGGGCAGGUUUCAUGAAGUUGGAGAGUUGGAGAGGGAGAGGGAUUUGAGAGAGGUUGCUGUUGUUAAGGAGGUUGAGGGGCGGAGGGGAAGUGUGGUUGGGAGUGUCGCGGGGUUGAGAGAGAGGGAACGGGAGUUUCGGUGA